GCCCAGCUCCGAAGCAGCAGCCCCGGGGCCAGCCGCCGGAGAUCCCGGCCCGGGCGCCUUCCUGCCCCCGCUGGACCGGCUGGAGGAGAUGCUGGGCUGUGCGGAGAUGCUGGCAAUGUGCCUGCUGGCUGCCAAGCCCGCCCCCAGCCCCUGCGCCGGGCAGCCCCCGCAGCCCCGCGGCCAGGGGCUCGCCCUCUUCCACGAUGUUUUUCGACGAGCCGACAAGAACGAUGAUGGCAAGCUGUCAUUUGAAGAGUUUAAGAACUAUUUUGCUGAUGGUAUUUUAAGCUCAGAGGAGCUGUGGGAGCUGUUCAGUGGAAUUGACAGGCAUCAUUCAGACAACUUAGAGACGGAGAAGUUGUGUGAUUAUUUCUCAGAACACCUGGGAGAAUACAGACAUGUGCUUUCUGCUCUGGAAGCACUGAACACUGCUGUCCUGGCUGCCAUGGACAAAACCAAACUGGAGUACGAGAGUUCCUCCAAGAUGGAGCAGUUUGUGACCCGCUUCCUGCUACGGGAGACCAGGACCCAGCUGCAGACCCUGCAGGCCUCGCUGGAGUGCGCCUCAGACACAAUCGAAGAGCAGGCCGGGUGGGAGAGGAAAGACUUGAAGAAAUCUGAAGUCUUCAUUGGCCCGAGAUCUGGCAGGAGAUGUGGGCGCAGAGCUCAGAAGACCGUCUGCUUGUCUCCAACGGAUCCCUACUCCGGGAUGCUUACUACAGGGGCUUGUGUCGAAGCUGACAGCCAGUGGGCGGCUCAGAUUAACAGGCUACAGCAGCUCAUUGACAAACUGGAAUGCAAGAGCCCAAGGCUGGAGCCUCUAAAAGAAGAAGUUGUUUGCAAAGGGAGAAAUGCUCACAUCCUGGUGGCUCAGAGACAGCUGUCAGUGACAGAGAGCGGCUUAGAGGGAUUCCACCAGGCACUCCAAUCCUACACAGAGGUCACAGCUGGUCAGAGCCGCUGCUUACACGUGUCUUCCCGCAAGCUAACGAGCGAGGCCUGCUUCAUUCUCUAUGAGUUCUGGCAGGACGUGACUUCGUGGAGAAGUCACUUGCAGUCCAACUGCAGCAAGAAGUUCCAGUGGGCCAUCAUUGACUUGCUGGAGUCUCCAGAGCUCGUGACCACCAUGCUCUUCCCAGCCUCCUGGUGGAUUGUGAACAAUAAUUGAUCCUCUGCUGCCCGCUCCGAAAAGCAGCCGGCGCAUGGAUGGACGAGGAAUCCUCACUCUCAGAUCCCUGGCUCUCCCUCCCCAGUGUGUCUACAGCCUCCCCUCUUCGUCGCUUGUACAGUCCUGUCUGCUCCCGCCUCUGGCUGCACCAGGCUGUCCCUCCUGGGAGUAUUUUAUCCCUCUCCCCUCACAAUGUGACUUUCCACAGUGACGUCACAUUGCUGCCAGCCAAUCAGCCUUUCCAGCUAUGAUGCUCCGCCCCUGAAUGUACCAUCUUCGAAGACCACAUGACCACACCCAUGUGAGUGGAUAAAGAAGCAGCUACCAAGGUACUUGAUAUCCGGCUAGCAAGUCCAGUGUCAUGUGAUGACAUGCAGGGAGCAGAACUCACGUGGGCCUGACCCGUGGGGCUGGGAGCACUGCAGAGACAGCAGUGCCAAGCCUGAGCCGCGUUGUGGGGGAGCAAAGAAUGGAGGACAAGGGACGUUUAUUGUCCUCUGGCACUCACCUGCUGUUGAAUUCAGGGCAAGGCAUUGAGGGACUCUGGAUUGAUGGCAGUGUGGGGAAAUGAGGGGAUCUUCUGUGCUCUGAGCAGGGUCAGUGGAGCCAGGACCUACACAGAUCCUCUGGGAAUCUGUGCGGAAUGGCUGGAUCUAAAUCUCUGCAAAGGUCCCACAACACCUCUAGACAAGCCAUUUGCUCCACUCUCCCUGCCCAUGCACAACAAUACAGUAGUCAGGGAGCGCAGAGGGCGGGCAGAGCAUGCACCCAUGCCCGGGGCGGCUCCAGGCACCAGCACGCCACGCGCGUGCUUGGGGCGGCAAGCCACGGGGGUGGGGGGCGCUCUGCCGAUCACUGC